AUCAAAUUCAAGGACGCCGUAGGCAGGAAGUUCUCUUUCCCAUUUGAGCUUGCGGCUACUUGGGCUGGCAUGGAAGAACUCAUCCGCCAAGCUUUCCAGCAUGUAGACGGCCUUGGGCCACACGUGGCAGAGGGACACUAUGAUCUUAUUGGCCCUAAUGGAGAAAUAGUUCUCCCCAAGGUUUGGGAAACGACAAUCGAGCCU